AUCCUUAAUAUUAACAAAGUCAAGAAUGUCUGGAUUUGGAGACAAUUUUGGAGUUGCCGAUGAAGACCCAGCGGCAGAAUUCUUGGCACGCGAACAAGACGAACUAGCAGGUCUUGAAGAUGAAGUGAAACCGGCCGCAAUUAUUGCUCCAGUUCUUAAUGGUGAUGACCCAACAAAUUCUGCAAGCAGUUUUGAAAUGGUAGAAAACAAUGGCCCAGAUGUUUUUUUGGAAGAACCAAAGUUUAAUGAUAUCCCAGCAGAUUUUGAUCCAGAUAAAGAAUACAGGGAGAGAGUGUCCCCACUUACAAUAAGGCAAGAAGAUAGAGUAGAACCAGAAAAGAUCAGGCUAUGGAGGGAAGAGCAAAUCAAGAGGCUGGAGGAAAAAGAUCUAGAAGAAGAGAAAAAGAAGCAAGAAUUGAGGGAAAUAGCAAAGAAAGAAUUAGAAGAUUGGUACAAGAAUCACGAAGAAGCUAUAGCCAAGACGAAAGCUGCUAAUAGGAACGCUGAAAAGCAGUUCGUAGCCGAAGAUGACGAGCUAGAACCAGGAACCGAAUGGGAAAGAAUAGCAAAAUUGUGUGAUUUCAAUCCUAAAGCAAAACAAGGCAGCAAAGACGUUUCUCGAAUGCGUUCCAUCGUUCUGCAAAUGAAACAAAACCCAGUUCCAAUCAAGAACAAGGCUUAAUGUGUAAAUGAAUAAAUGUUUAUUUGUACUAUGUUUCAAAAAUUUGGCAGUUUGGCUGAUAUUUUUGAAAUUUAGGUGUAAACAUUGCUGGACAUUCUGCAAUUUUGUAUGUACUAAUAGAAAUGUUAUGAUUGGUUUAACAUAAUUGUAAGGAAGUAAUUUAUGUAUAUCUUGAAAAUAAUGUUACAUAAGUAGUAUUCAGUUUAUUUAAGGCUACAAAGGAAAAAUGACCUUAUAUAAUAAUUUUUUAGUCCCCUUAGCCUUAAGCAUAUGUAAAAAAUGUGGUAAAUAUUCCUAGGUAGAUAAUUCAAAUAUAUAUUUAGUAGAUUUUUUGAGAUCACAAAUAUUGUUUUCCAGUAAAAAUAGUCUAUGGUUCUGUUGCUUUUUUUGCAUAAAGACAUGACAAAUAGAAAAUGUUUUAGUCUGUCUCAUUUAACGACAGUUUGUUACUUAUUACAUUGUUUUGUUUUUUUUUUCAUUGUUUAAGGUGCAAAAUAACAGUGUUUCAUAAUAACCUCUUUGUUAGUCAUGCCUUAAUACAAACAUUUUUACUGGAUGGUUUAUAAAACUACUACAGUAAAGGUGAAUUUCUUUUUUUGAAUUUUUUUGUCACCAAAAAUAUAUAAUAGUAACAUCAUAA